AGCAAACUGAAAUUGGAAGGAGAAUACAGCUGCUAGAUACGUCUGCUCUGUCUAUUGUGUAUUUACUUCUACAGUGCAGCCAGUGAGUGAGCUGAGGCUUCUGCAAAAGGUACCAGAGUUUGUUUUCUCAGUCAUGACUGAUCCAAAUAGAACGGACCAGGAAAGAAAGAUAUUGACCGAGAGAAUAUACAAAGAAAGGAAGAAAAUGACAAAGAGUAUCUUGAACCUCACCCUGGAGAUUAUCUACCUGUUGACCGGAGAGGAUUACACAGUAGUAAAAAAGACAGCUUGUGAGUGCAUGACAACCAGCUUCAAUCCUUAUGCGUCAGCGCAGUGGAAGAGGAGCCAGGGCCCCACCAAGGAACUUCUACCUCCUUUCCUAAUAGUGGAGAAAAACAAAGAGAAAAAGAUUUUAGAAGUCAUCGACAACAUUGUUAAACUGCUGACGGGAGAGGUAAGCGGUUAUGGGAGAUAUGGGACAUUAUUCAGUAACAAAAGGGAUCUUUUGUAUCUGGAUGGUGACGUCAGUGUGUGUGUGUUUCCUACAGAUGGAUCCAGUAACAAAAAUACAACAGAGAGUUGUCCCCGUCCUCUGUAUUCCCAGGAUUCUACAAAAGAAAAUCGCAACAUUUCUCAGGAUGAUCAGGGUGAAGACCUGAUUAUUAUAAAGGUGGAAGACAUAGAUAAUGAAGAGACAUAUAUAAGGGGUGAUGAGCUGUGUAAGGAAAUCCCUCCAGAGAUCAGCACAGAUGGUGAAACAGAUGACGACAUUGCUUCCAGUUCUUCAGAGGAAGCCCCCCUUACCCCAGAUCUCCAUCCAGGUCUUCACACCACUGAUCUGUUAUCUGAUCCCUCCACACAUGGUAGAUUUCUUCCUGACUGCUCACCACCUGUCGCCUUUCAUACUCCUCAUAGAGUAAGUAAAACCCGAUUUAUGGGAGGAACAAACAUGAUCACCCAUCGACCAGCUGGGGAAAUGCCUUAUUCAUGUACUGAAUGUGGGAAAUAUUUUCCUUGGAAAGCACUCCUUAUUAGACACCAGAGAACCCACACCGGAGAGAAGCCAUUCUCAUGUUCUGUAUGUGGCAAAUGUUUCGCCCAGAAAUCCAUCCUCGUCCGGCACGAAAAGGUUCACGUAGACGAGAAGCCAUUCUCCUGUUCGGAAUGCGGAAAGUGCUUCCGGCAGAAGUCUGACCUCGCUAUACACGAAAGGGUUCACACUGCCGAGAAGCCGUUUUCCUGUCCCGAAUGUGGUCAGUGUUUUACGCAGAGGGGAAAUCUAAUGUCGCACCUGAGGAGGCACACCGGGGUGAAGCCCUUUUCCUGUUCUGAAUGUGGGAAAUGUUUCUCGUGGAAAAUGCUUCUGAUAAAACACCAACGGAUGCACACGGGAGAGAAGCCCUAUUGCUGCUCGGUAUGUGGGAAAUGCUUUACUGAUAAGGCAAAUCUUCUGCAGCAUGAACGAAUUCACACCGGUGACUACCCGUACACCUGUCCACACUGUGGGAGAGGCUUUGCCCAUAAAUCGAGCCUGGUCCGACAUGAGAGGGUCCACAUGGGCGAUCAGCCAUGUUCAUAAAGGAAGGAUCCCCUUUUCGAUGUGUAUUGAUUGCAAUAAGACAGGGCUCGACAAAUCCCGGUCACCAGGUC